AUGAAUCUCUCUAGCGGCGGCGGAGGCGCCGGUGGCGCCUUCAGCGGCCGCAGAAUGAACCUCGAUAUGAAAAGCCUUGACGACUUUGACGUCGGCACUGCCACCGCCCAUCAUCUUUUGGCUUACGAUCCCUUUGAGCUUGAGGAUGUUUCGCCGCCGCCAGUUCACCUUUGCCAGACAGCGGCCAAAAGUCGCGGCUCUUUGCUGGUGAUUGACCUUGAUGAUGAAGAGGACGAGGAAGUGAUGGAAGUGGUAGCACCAGUGCACCACAAGCUCAAUCUCUUGGACGAUUUCGGCGAUAAAAAAGAUGAAAAGGAUGAAAAGGAUGAAAAGGAUAAAGUCGAGGACCACAUCUUCAACUUUCCCGAAAAGACUGAAAAGACUGAUGAUCAUGAAAAGGCAAGUACUUCUGCCGUUGCCACUACCUCCACCAAGGAUGAUGAUCACAGUCUGAAGCAGUCUCCUCAAAGCAAAGAACUUCGAACUUACUCAAAAGCUCCAACUGAUAAGCUCAAACUCGACCUGGAGAAGUCCCUCACUGGAGGAGCACCUGCUGCACACAAAGUUGAACCGGUUAAAACGGACAAGGAUAGUUCAACCAUCGCCAACAACAGCUGUAAAAAAGAGGACUCGACUAGUGCUACUCUUCCUCCAGUCCAAAAGAAGGAAGAAGAAGAAAAGAUCAAUGUUGGAUACAACGAGAAUAAGGGCAGCUCAAUCAAAAACAUCAGCGGCAAAACUUGCGAUGAGAAGGAGCUUGAUAAGCCUUCCUCCUCUUCCUUUUCCUCCUCCUCCUCCUCCUCAGUGCCAAAAACUUCAGAAACCACUGGUGAGGCCAAAGAUGAGGGGAAGAAGGUGCAGAACACAGCCACUGAGGCGUACACAUUCGAGCACUGCCUUCAAAAGAUGAGCAGCAGUCUGGUAGCUUCUGCCUCCAACUUGAUCAACUCUUUAGCAGAGCCUGAAGAAGAGGAGGAGGAGGAAGAGGAUUUGCAGUUUUCAGGCAGUUCAACAUCUGAAAAGAGGACAAAGAACCUUGAAAAGCUGCUUAAAGGUUUGAAGGUGGAAGCUAAACGACGUGCUUCUCAGCGAAAAGAGCGGCUCAAAAGCUAUCGACAGCAGCAGCAGCAGCAGCAGCAGCCGAAAAAGUCUUUCGAUAAGUUGGACGUUAUCAGCACUCCCACGACUAUGAUCAACAACCACAAAUUCCCCUUUGAGCGGAAGUUCAUGGACGUUGACCUUGACGAUGAAGAAGAACCUGGGCCGUUUAUCAACGUUGUUGAUCCUCCCCCAAGAGGUCUUCUUCAGUCGCAGGACAUCUUCGAGCCCAGUCUUCAAGGACACGAGACCGUGAAGUACGACGCCUGGAAGAUCAGGAAGCCGAGCAGGGCAGAAGAGCAGUCACCAGAAAUACAACAGUCGGAACAAAAUCAGCAGCAACAGCAGCCGCCGCCGCAGCCAGCCGUUCAGGAGAUUCUCGUCUGCCUCUCCGGAACUGGAGACCUGGAGAUUCUCACUCAGGAGACGUCUCAGGUGACGCCUUUAGAGCCGAAGACUACGGCGGCGGUGGUAACAGCUUCAGCUGUUGCCACUUCAGUUGAGCCGACUCUGACUGAAGAAGAAGAAGAAGGCGGGGGUGAUCAUCAGGAGGGAAUUGACAUCGAUGAGGGCACCGAUAAGGGCAAAGAUAAGGAACAACAGCAGAACGAGCAGAACGACCUCAAACUUCUUGAGGGAGAGAGCUGCAACUACGACGAUGACGACGAUCUUCAAAACGACGACGACGAGGACGACGAUCAUCAAAACGACAAGGACAAUGACGACGAUCUUCAAAACGACGAGGACGACGAGGAUGAAGAUGAAGCUGUCAUGGUCAGUGUUGAGGAUACUUCUGCUGCUGUGGAGUCAUCCUCAUCCUCACCAUCAAAGACGACGACGACGACGACGACCACUGGUAAUGAGUCAAUGCUGUUGUCACCACAGCCACAGCCACAACAACAGCCACAGCAGUUACCAAAUCAAUCAUUGGCAUUUACCGGCAAACAUCAGCCGCAUCUGCGAUACAUUCUCCCUAAGCCGGUUCAGCCAUCAGAGGGCAAGAGAAAGCUCUCUGAACUGGAGGACCAGAACGAGGACGAUGAUAAUGAAAAAGAAGAGAAGGAGGAGGAGGAGGAGGAGGAGGACGAGGUGCAGUUUCUCGACAGUGUCCCUAGUUUCAGCAACGGCAGAAGUAGCAGCAUUCCUGGUGCUGGUGCUGGAAAGCUGCUGCUGCGAAACUACAGCAGAAAGCGACCGGCCACUGAGGCGGCGGCGGCGGCAAAUCAGACAACAGCAGCAACAACAAGUCAACAACAGCAAACUCAGCCUCAGCCUCAGACUCUGCUUCUGCAGCCAAGUCAGCCUCAGCAAAAAAAGGCGUCCGAUCAAACGACCCAAAAGGUGAGCGUUCAGCAGGGGCAGCGGGCGAAUCAGCCACAACUGACGGUUCAGCCAAUGAUUUUGCUGCCAAUUCUGCUACAACAGCAGCCGCAGCUGCCACAGAAUCAGCAGAAUCAGUCAUCGGCUGCAGCUGCAGCGCGACCAAACUAUCGACCGAUUCUGCCUAAGCCUGUUCAGCCAACACCACCACCAAAUGAGCCACAAAAACAGCAGCAGCAGCAGCAGAAGAAAAAACAACCAACUUUAAAGCUGACACCGCAACAGCGCCAACAGCUACUCCAGCUGAAGGAACAACAACUGCAGCACAUUCAGCAGCUGCAGAAGGAGAAGGAGAAGGAAGGUCUGCGAAGCUCUCCUCGAUUUCUGGCCAAACUGCAGCAGCAGAAGCAAACUGCACCCAAAGAAGAGCAAACAAAGCAAACCGAACAGUCUCAGCCCAAAGCUCAAACUCAAACUCAAACUCAAACUCAAUCUCAAUCUCAAAAUCAAAGUCAAAGACAAACGAACCGUCCAUCGUCACUGAGCUUGACCAGUACGCCUAAGCCUAGGCCCGCGCAGCAGCAACCUCAACAACAGCAAAAACAGCAGAAAAAACCACAACCUGAACAAAAGCAACCGGAACAAACGCAACAACCCGAGCCACCACCGUUCACCAGCGAACAGACCCGCAAAGUUAAGGACUCACCGGAAACGGUGCUGGAAGCGGUGCCGAUCGUUUCCCCUUUGUCUCAGCAACAGCAGCAGCCACAACAACAGAAACCACAGCAACCACAGCCACUACCACCACCACCACCACCAAACACACAACCCCUCCGAACCCGACGAUCUCUGCGAAUUUCUAAAUUUCCUCAGCCGCCACCGGAGCCGGAAACGAAACCAAAAACAAAACCGAAACUAGAACCGAAACCACAGCAGAAGCCACAGCUGAAAACGGUAAAAGUGGAGCCCAAGAAAGAGGAGGAGGACACCGAGGAUUCCGACUGGCAAUCAUCAUCGGCCUCG